CAGCAGCACGAGGACCUGUCCGCUAAGAAGCUGCGCCUGACCAAGCCCAGCAAGUCAGCAGCCCUCCAUGUCGACCUGUGCAAAGCCACCUCACCUGCUGAUGCCUUGCAGUACCUGCUGCAGUUUGCCAGGAAGCCCGUGGAAGCAGAGAGCGUGGAAGGGGUUGUCAGGAUCCUGCUGGAGCACUAUUACAAGGAGAAUGAUGCCUCUGUAAGAUUGAAGAUUGCUUCCUUGCUGGGCUUGUUGUCAAAGACGGCGGGAUUCUCCCCUGACUGCAUCGUGGAUGAUGCCAUCAACACGCUUCAAAAUGAGAAGUCUCAUCAAGUCCUUGCUCAGCUGCUGGACACCCUGUUGGUGAUCGGCACAAAACUCACAGAGAAUCCAUCUGUCAGGAUGAGACUGGUGGAGGUAGCCUGCAAGCAUCUGACAGAUUCUUCCCAUGGUGUAAGAAAUAAGUGUCUUCAAUUAAUUGGCUGUCUUGGACCAGUGGAAAAAGGUGUUGCAAAAGAAGUUGAAAGCCAAGCUGCCAAAGAUGUCCAGAAGAUCAUAGGGGAUCAUUUUAAUGACCAGGACCCUCGUGUUAGGACUGCAGCUAUAAAAGCCAUGCUGCAGCUUCAUGAAAGAGGAUUAAAAUUACAUCAAGCUGUUUACAGUCAGGCCUGCAAGCUGUUGGCAGAUGAUUACGAGCAAGUGCGCAGUGCUGCUGUCCAGCUAAUUUGGGUCCUCAGUCAACUUUACCCUGAAAG